UCUGCUCAGCUGAUGGCUCCUUACAUUUAAUCGAGUUGGUUUUUCAUUGCUCGGAGCGAGCUGCCUUGCAGAGAUUAGGGGACUCAGCCCGUUUUUUUAAAACUCUUUUUGUUUUCAACAUCUUGCUUAUAGACAUCCGUUUUUUCCGGCGUAUCCCAUUAUACACCAACUUAGUUCAGACUGAUUAGGUUUUUACCUCAUAUGUAAUUAAGUUUGACGUUUCUCAAAUCCUCAUGAUUUAAAAAAAUCUACAUGAAAUGUUUGAGGCAGUUACGAAGUCAUAGGCAAACGUUUUGGAUAAGUCGGCGUCUUGCAGCAUCUUGUCGAUAUGUUGUUUUUUCUAGGAAACCAGGUCAGUGUUUGGACGGAAUCAUCAUCAUCCUCAACAGCCGAGCCGAUUCAGGCUGCGGUUCCCCCCUCCGUGCAGCUCGUGCUCACGGUGCUUUACACGGUCCUGUACUCGCUGCUCUUCAUGUUUGUUUACCUGCAGCUCUGGCUUAUUCUGCACUACGGACACAAGCGCUUCAGCUACCAGAGUGUUUUUCUCUUUCUCUGUUUGCUAUGGUCGGCUCUGAGGACGACGCUCUUCUCCUUCUACUUUAAAAAUGUUGUGCAGGCGAACCAGCUGCAGGCUUUGCCUUUCUGGCUCCUGUAUUGUUUUCCAGUGUGCCUGCAGUUCUUCACCCUGUGUCUGCUCAACCUUUACUUUGCUCAGGUGAUCUUCAAAGCCAAAGCGAAAUAUUCCCUGGAACUCAACAAGUACAAGGUGCCCCUGUGCUUGGGCUUUCUGCUGGCCAGUAUUUUUUUCCUGGUGGUGAACUUGACAUGUGCCAUGCUGGUGCAGGAGAAUGGCGAAGAGAACCAGGUGAAAAAUGCCGUGCUAGCACGCGUACUAGUUAACGACAGCCUCUUUGUACUCUGUGCCAUCUCACUCGCCGUCUGCAUCUUCAAGAUCGCUAAAAUGUCUUCUGCCAACGUCUACCUGGAGUCAAAGGGGACAUCAGUCUGCCAGGCCACGGUCAUUGGGGCGGCAGUUAUCCUACUCUACACCUCCAGAGCCUGUUAUAACCUGGUAGUGGUGGCUCUAUCUCCUGACGAUCGGCCCAGCCCGUUCAAUUUCGGCUGGUACAAUGUAUCUGACCAGGCUGAUGCAGAGAAUAUCAAUGGGGAAGCCUACGUGGUCUUCGGUAUCAUACUGUUCUUCUGGGAGCUGCUGCCCACCAGUCUUGUUGUGGUGUUCUUCAGAGUGCAGCGGCCCAAUCAAAACCUGACACCUGGCGGUAUAAUCAACAAUCACAGCUUUAGUUCCAGGGCAUAUUUCUUUGAUAACCCUCGGCGCUAUGAUAGUGACGAUGACCUGCCUCGAAAUGCAAUAUCCCGAGGAGAGAGACGCAGCAGUACCUUGUCAUCCACGCCACAAACGGGACCCAGUUUGUACGGUUCGAUCCAGAGGAAAAGCAGUCUUACAGGGAUCCCUCACCUACUGAACGGUCCCCAAACAUCAACCGCCCCUCUUCUUUUCGCUUCCGGCAACAUCCAGACAAAUCAACACCAUAACUACUAUUCCACCCCACAGAACUACUACUCACCCUCCCAGACUCACUACUCCACGCCUCAGAACUAAUGCAGAUGACCCUUCUGUGAAUUUAUGUAGUCUGAGGUUUUGGCUCAGGCUGGGCACAGGCCUCUCGGACCUCAUUGAGCAAUGCUUUGCAGUCGUUUUCCCCCUCAGUCCAUUUAUCUGCCCACUUCAAGGCACUGUCCCAGCGAGCAGACAGUAGUCAUGGCAAUGACCGUGGGUGGGAGGAAUUAUAAGGGACCAUACAAAGGGGUUGGGGGAGAUAAGCGUUGGAGUGACUGUUGACACUGAACAAUGUUCUUCUUCAGUGGUGAGCUGAAGGAACAUUUAUUUGUGUUGUUGAAAGCCAGACUAUUGGUCCAGCUUUUCCUCUGUGUUCUCAUACUUUUUAGACUGUCAAUCUCAUUGGUUUAGAACUUUGCUGCAAUGAUCUCUGAACAUUCGGCUCAUGGACUCCCCUCUGUGAGUUGGGAUGUGCUUUUUGCACUUAUUAUGUAUAUUUCAUUCCUGUAUUAAUUGGAGGCCUGAAUGUGGUGAUGGUGGUGUUGAGAUUUUCUUGGGAGUAUACUUUGCAUAUUACAUUGUCCAAGUCCAUUCAAGACUCCAUAUCCGGCUUUUUUCCCCAAGAGGCUUUUCAAGACCAACAUCCAGGAAGUCACAAUAUUCUGGAUUCGUCGAGGGCAUCAAGGUCCUCUGGUACUAGGAGUCAGUGUUCACUUACAAAAAACAUGAAGUCCAUGUGUCUUUCUUUUAUUCCUAUGACAUUUUAUUCCUUUGCCAAAGAGCCCAUGCUUAAAUCCAGGCGUGACAUUAGAGUCUCCAUGCUUUGUAGAUUUUCACGCUUCUCAAUGGUGAAGAGAAACAUAAAGACUGAUAACUCCUGGACUGAUCCCUGAAAUCUAGUGUAAUCUAAUGUACCAUAUGUGACUAGGAAGUUUAACUCUAGUUGCAGUCUCUUAUAUUUAGGUACUUUCAGUGAUUGCUUUGAAGAGCCUUUCAAAUAGGCUUAUGGGUGAAUUUACCCAUUUAUGAUCAAUACAUAUACAGCGAUUUAUCUUUUGUCAAAAUCUAGCUUAUUGUAUCAACCAUAUCGCUCUGCAGGAAUGCCUGAAAUGGUGCCAUUGUAUGACUUUCCUAGAGAAAACAUGUUGCACAAAAUUGAUGUUUUUAUUGAACAUGUUUCAUAAGCUUUAUAUCAUCAUUCCUCUAUAGUUGUAUCUUGCAGGAACAUGAUUAGUCUGCAAACAAUCUCCCAUAUCCAGUACAGUAUAGUAAGUGGUACAGAGCUUUAAGGAAUGUUCUGGAUUUAUUAUAAGUUAACCUCAAUCAAAAGCAUUUGUGGCAUAAUGUUGAUCAAAAAUAUUUGUACUCACCCCUCAUUUAUUUGAGAAAAAGCGGUAACAGUGAGGCACUUACAAUAGAAGUGAUUUGGGCCAGUCCAUAAACAUUUAAAUACACACUGUUUCUAACGUAUAGCCACAAGAUAUAAACAUUAUACUUGUAAACAUGAUCUUCUUGUGAUAAAAUCACUUACUUGCCUAAACGGUGUAAAGUUAUAUCCAAUAUGACACAACGCAACAACUUAAACCCUCUAAACUGGUAAAUGUUGUAAUGCACUCAAUUUAAAAAACAUUUAUAUUUUAAUUUAUGAAACUAAAAUCAUGUUAACAAGUAUGAGUAUGUCUUGUGGCCAUACCAUUUGAAAUGGUGUAGAUUUCAGCAUUUAUGGAUUGGCCCCUUUCACUUCCAUUUGUAAGUGCCUUACAGUAACCCAUUUGUUAUUUAUUUUUUAAUUAUUUUGAGGGACAAGUAAAUUUGUUUUUUUGUGGUAAUCAACAUUAUGCUACAUAUGCAGUCUUUUGAGAUUUAACAAAUUUUAUCGAACUGGACGAUUCCUUUAAAUGAAAUGGCCCUUUCCAUUUCCCUGAAAAUAAAUUGUUUUAGCAAAAGUAAAGCUGAUGUUUGUCUAUUUGUAUCACCCAGUUGGCUGCUCUGUGUACAUUACAAGCUGUGUACUUGAUAUCAACAAUCAUCAAAUGUUAAAGCAGCAUGGUUCCCCCCAUUUCACUGUCACUGUAUGUAUGACCUGGCUUGAGUUGAUAAGCACUCAUUCUGCUUUUUUGGGAUCCCAUGCUGUUAAACCAGAACUGGAGCUGGUAUUAUAAAUGAUGAAUGAAUGGUAGAGGACGUUAGAUUGAAAAUGCGGCUGGGUUUAGACCUAUACACCUGCUAAAAUUGCUCUGUAGUUGGAUUUCUAUAUAUAUAUAUAUAAAUAAAUAAAACAUUUUUUUAAAUAAUUUUAAACUUUGUACUGCAGGGUUUUGUGUAUGUUGCAUAUAAAAAAAGUUAUGAAUGAUUUUAAUUGAUUAUUUUAAGUCAGCCUUGUCAUACAAUUUCAAUUUCGUGUAGCAUAUGUGUAAAGCUUUUCAGCAUUGUUAAUCGAUGGAAAGGUGACACGUUUAAUCUAAUGCUGAUUUGGUUGUGAACAUAUUUCCUGACAAACAGCUGACAGGAAAUGGGCUGUGUAUGAACUUGUUUAUUUGACAUUUAAGUUAUAAAUGUCAGUCUGGUUUGAAAAAUGUUACUGUGAAAUUCAUCAAACCAACCCAUGUAUCUCGCAAAAGCGCAAGUAAAGCCUUUUAUUAUUAUGAUUUUUUUUUUCCGUUUUAUUUGUGGCCAAUGAAUGUAACUUGUUUACCCAUUUUUGUAGUCCAUUAAAGAUGUACACAAGCACUACCAUAAAAAAAAAAGUUUUAUUGCACUGUUUUUGGAAAAAAAAAAAAAAAGGUAAUUUUCAUUUUCUGGAAUCAGGAGAGUAUGAUCAUUUUAAAAUGAAAUGCUAAUUAAGGAAAAGGAAACGACUUGGGGUUUUGUAUAGUGCAGAUUGCAACAGCACAUCAAUUCUAAAUGGCAAGUGGUUAAAAAUGCACCAAAAAUAGUUUCCAGCAAAAAUAUAACCAAAUCAAAUACAGUCACAAAGCAUUAAAAAACUUAACAUUUCAACACCAUUCCUUUCAACCAUAUGUUAUUAACUCCAGACCUAACAUGUUUCUGUAUCUUUCCAGUGUUUUUGCUUCCAAAUACCAGUGUUCAUUUCUCUUAAGUCUAAUUGUGUUUACGUUACUUGGCUGAACUCAUAGCCACAAAUCAAUUUGUAGUGGUUAAGUCAAAUUGAGUCUCUUGCAACAUCAUAUUCUUGGACAGAGAUACCUCUGAAUGCUCAGUGCAAUGAGUAUGUAAUUCCAAUGUCAUGGGUUCGAUUCCUAGGGAAUCGUGGAUGUAUUUUGAUAAAAUGUAUACCUUGAAUGCGUCGUUAGUUACUUUGGAUUAAAGCACCAAAUUUACACUCAGUGAGCACUUAAUUUAGGAUCUCUAUGAUCCAAAUAAAGUGCCUGAUGUGGUCAUCUACUGUUGUAACCCAUCCAGCUCAAGGUUCUACGUGUGCAUUCUGAGAUUCUAUUCUGCUCACUACAAUUGUACAGAGUAGUUAUCUGAAUUACCGUAGCCUUUCUAUCAGCUCGAACGAGUCUGGUCUCUCUCUCUCUCUCAUAUAUAUAUCAACAAAGGUGUUUCUGUCUGCAGAACACAGGAUGUUUUUUUUUUUUAAAACAACUUUACUCAAAAGUCUAGAGACUGUUGCGUGUGAAAAUCCCAGGAGAUCAGCAGUUACAGAAAUACUCCAACCAGCCUGUCUGGCACCAACAAUCAUGCCAUGGUCAAAAUCACUGAGAUCAAAUUUUUUCCCCAUUCAUAUGGUUGGUGUGAACAUUAAGCUCCUGACCUGCAAGAUUAUGCACUGCACUCCUGGCACACGAUUGGCUGAUUAGAUAAUCGCAUGAAUAAGUCAGUGAACAGGCAUUCCUAAAACAAAAAGUGCUAAGUGGGUGUAUAAAUGACACCGCUAAACCUCCCUAAAAACGAAUAGUUCACCCAAAAAUUAAAGUUCUCAUCAUUUACUGAAUUUCAUGCCAUCCCAGAUGUGUAUGACUUUCUGUCUUCUGCAGAACACAAAGAUUUUUAGAAGAAUAUUUCAACUCAGACUCCAGUGGUUUAAUAUUUGUCUCCUGAAGCAAUGCAGUAUUUUGGAUGAGCAACAGAUCAAAAUUUAAUUAAUUUUAUUUUACUAUAAAUCUAUAAAUUACUAUACAAUAUUCAAAAUGUGAAAGUGAAAUUUGAGAUUUAUAUUAGGAAAAUGACUUGAAUAUUGAUCUGUUUCUCACACACACCUUCUUAAGACAUAGAUUUAACCACUGGAGUCAUAUGGAUUACUUUUAUGCUGCCUUAAUGUACUUUUUGACCUUUAACAUUUCUGGUCACCAUUCACUUGCAUUUUAUGGACCUACAGAGGUUAAAUAUUCUUCUAAAAA